GGGCGUCCCGCCUCCCUUCCCGCCCAAAUAAAAGGGCCAGACAAUGGUCGAGAAUAUCAGUUCCGCCAUCGCAUUUUCUCUCCCUUGCUUUUCGCACUUCGUCUGAGACGCUAGAAAUCCGCGUCCCGCCUUUCCCCCCUCUCUUCUCGGAGGCAAAAUUCCAACCAUUGUUCCGUCCCCACCUUUUUAGGGUUUGUACUUCUCAGUUCUCCUCCGUAUUUGAUUCCUCUCUCUUUUAUCGGACGGAUCGCUCGAAAGCCACUUGUCAGAAAAUGAUGCAUCACAAUCUGCAGAUUGAAAAUGUUUGUUUCUACUCCCAAGACAUUAAAGAGUAAGCGAGCAACAGCAAAUUUUAGAAAAUUGAGAGGUUUUUCUGGUCAGUGAGAGGAUGAAACGGGCCUUUGAAGAAUUGUCCGAUGAUGAAUGGGAGAACCACUCGUUUCAACUGUCCAGAGUUUUGAAAAAUCAAUCUCAAGUGAAAGGUCAUCCACACGAGCAUGUCAUGAAUGGAAAGUCUCUUCCCUCAAUUGAAUCUUUUGCAUUUCAGAAGAAGAAAACAGAAUGUGUACCUCUAUCCUUAGUUGAGGUGCAGAGCUCAGAAGAAGAUGAUGAUUUUGAACUUGGAAGGCAAAGAGUUAACAGGAAUAGAAACAAAAGUGUAUCCAUGGCUCCUCCUUAUCCCCAAAAUUUGAAGGAUGAUAAUUUCAAAUUUUGCCAAAGCAGAAAAAAUGUCCAUAAAUCCUCAGAGGAUGAUGACGAUGAUUUUGAAAUUGGUAAGAGCAGAGUUAACAGGAAUAAGAAAAAACCUGUACCAAAGUCGCCUCAGAAGCCUCAAAGUUUGGAGGAUGAUGAUUUUGAGGUUGGUGGGAGCAAAAUGAUUGUAAAUCGGUCUAGGAGGCUGGUUGUUGUAGAUGACAGUGAUGAUGAUACUGGAAUUGGUGGGAGUGAUGUUGCACACUUAGGAGCAGUUGAAGUUGGGGCAGUUUCAGAUGAUAGUGAAGGUGCUGAUGAAGAUGAUGUGGUUGGUAAUGCUCUCCAGAAGUGUGACAAGAUAUCUGCUACCCUGCGUAAGGAACUCUAUGGGAGUGCUUCGGUCCCCUCAACAUCAUGUGAAGGUUACUCAGAAGUUGAGGACUCUGCUGCAAAGAUUGUCACUCAAGCAGAUAUUAGUGCUGCUUGUGCUGAUGAAGAUUCAGAUUUUGAACCAGUUCUUAAACCAUAUCAGCUUGUGGGAGUGAACUUUCUCCUUUUGUUGUAUAGAAAGAAAAUUGGUGGAGCCAUAUUGGCCGAUGAGAUGGGCCUUGGGAAGACCAUCCAGGCAAUCACAUAUUUGACUUUGUUGAAACACUUGGACAAUGAUCCUGGUCCCCAUUUGAUUGUUUGUCCGGCCUCAGUCUUAGAGAACUGGGAACGAGAGCUCCAAAGAUGGUGCCCAUCCUUUUCAGUCAUCCAAUAUCAUGGGGCUGCAAGAGCAGCCUAUGCCAAGGAAUUGAAUUUUCUUUCUAAAUCUGGUCAUCCACCACCAUUUAACGUGCUUUUAGUCUGCUAUUCUCUUUUUGAACGACAUAGUGUACAACAGAAGGAUGACCGUAGAUUACUAAAACGUUGGAAAUGGAGUUGUGUGCUAAUGGAUGAAGCUCACGUCUUGAAGGACAGAGGUAGCUACCGUAGGAAAAAUCUGUUUUCUGUUGCAAAAAAUGCAAAUCAGCGCCUGAUGUUGACAGGAACUCCUCUUCAAAAUGACCUUCAUGAACUGUGGUCCUUACUAGAGUUCAUGAUGCCUGAGAUUUUUGAGACUGGAGAUGUGGAUUUGAAAAAGUUGUUAAAUGCAGAAGAUAAAGAAAUGAUUGCACGCAUAAAAUCCAUUUUGGCACCCUUUGUCUUGAGGCGAUUGAAAUCAGAUGUCAUGCAGCAACUUGUGCCCAAAAUACAGAGGGUUGAAUAUGUAACCAUGGUACCUGAACAGGAUACUGCUUAUAGAGAAUCAAUUAAUGAGUAUCGUGCUGCUUGUGAAGCUCGUGCUGUAAAAAAUUCUGCUUCUGCAGAACAAAACAGCACCAGUUUUCUGCCACAACGACAAAUUUCCAACUAUUUUACACAGUUCCGGAAGAUUGCAAAUCACCCACUGUUAGUAAGGCGAAUAUUUAGUGACAGUGAUGCUGUCAGGUUAGCUCGAAUGUUGCAUCCAAGGGGUGCAUUUGGAUUUGAAUGCACACUAGAGAGAGUAAUUUCAGAGCUCAAAACUUACAAUGAUUUUGCCCUUCACAAGCUUUUAGUUUCUUACGGUGGCAGUGAUGCUGUUGGAGCACUGGAAAAAAAACAUGUCUUGGGCUCUGCUAAAUGCCAGGCUCUGGCGGAGCUAUUACCUUCACUUAAGAAAGCUGGUCAUCGCGUGCUUAUUUUCAGCCAGUGGACCACAAUGCUUGAUAUUUUGGAAUGGGCCUUGGAUGUCAUCGGAGUGACCUAUAGCCGUCUUGAUGGCAGUACGCAGGUGGCGGAAAGGCAGACUAUAGUGGAUACAUUUAAUAAUGACACAUCCAUAUUUGCUUGUUUAUUAUCAACACGAGCAGGAGGUCAGGGGCUGAAUUUAACGGGAGCAGAUACUGUAAUUAUACAUGACAUGGAUUUCAAUCCACAAAUGGAUCGACAAGCUGAAGACCGCUGCCAUCGCAUCGGCCAGACAAAGCCUGUGACCGUGUACAGGCUUGUCACCAAGGGAACAGUUGACGAGAACAUCUUUGAGAUUGCAAAGCGCAAAUUGAUCUUGGAUGCAGCAGUUCUUGAAUCUGGAGUUGAGCUUGCUGCAGAAAAUGAAAUGCCAGAGAAAACCAUGGCGGAAAUAUUGUCCUCAAUCCUACUGGGGUGAAGAAACCUUACAGAUGGUGCCCUUUUUGGCAGCACUAGAGCCGAUGAUACCAUUCUUGCGAGGUCCUAAGGAGUUCUCUCGUCACUCAUUUCAUCGGCCUCGCGCUGGAGCUUGUUGUCGAUAUAUAUUGAGCUAUUUACGGGGGACGAUUGAGAAAUUCAGACAUUUUAUUAUAAAUUCUUGGAAGGGUAGCCCCGAAAUGGACUCAGGCGCAGGAAAAUUUCAAUCGCCUGCGAUGGUGGUCAACCUACAGAUUUUUUCAGCCAUGGAAAGAAGAUCAUUAGCGUUACUUUUUUUGAUCUGCACGUGAAUAUUUUCAUUGUCAAGAUGCUCUCUCUGUAAAUGUGUCAUCCGAUCGGUGUUUGUUCCUGUUCAUGUUUCAGACCUCAGCGUCAGGAAGAGCCGUGGUUCUGACGGCACCUGAAGCCUGCUGCUGCACUUGUGAUCUCUCUCUCCAUCUUCUCUCUUUAAUGGCGAAAAGGGCGCCUAGAUGUGUACCAACUAAAGGGGUGCGCUUGCCAAAGUAUACGGUGGUACAGGACACCUAUUUCGUACUCUAAAUAGGAAAACAUGGAGCUAGUUGCCCGAAGGACGUUAAAGUUUCUCCACUAGUGUCCCCCGAAUCUGCUGAUGCGCGCAGAGACAAGACACGAGAAGACAAAAAGACGUCCCUUGAUUUGUCGUCUUAUUUCCCUGAUGAGUUCAAGGACGACUUAGAGGAGCACUCUUUGGAUGGCCAUGAAGCAGCAAAAUCAUGACCGCUUGGGCGUGCCUUCCGAAAUCAGGAGAAAAAGAGAUCAAGAGAAUCUCGCUUGUGUAGGAGUCAGAAUGGUACUCCAUAUUUAGUCUUUCGGACAACUGAUCGGAGCAAGUGAUCAAGACAGAAAUCCAAUGUGAAAUUUUUAAACUUGUUUCUUUUGGUUCUUUCUAAAAUGUUCUGUACUAUGCUUUUAACACGACGAAAUAAGAAUCCUUCGGGGCUGAAUCAGCA